AUGCUAGGCAUCGUGGAGCUGCUGCUGCUGGGGGCUGCGUGGCUGGCAGGCCCGGCCCGGGGUCAGAAUGAGACGGAGCCCAUCGUGCUGGAGGGCAAGUGCCUGGUGGUGUGCGACUCUAACCCCACGUCCGACCCUACGGGCACAGCUCUGGGCAUCUCUGUGCGCUCCGGCAGCGCCAAGGUGGCUUUCUCUGCCAUCAGGAGCACCAACCAUGAGCCGUCCGAGAUGAGUAAUCGCACCAUGAUCAUCUACUUCGACCAGGUACUAGUGAACAUCGGGAACAACUUUGAUUCAGAACGCAGCACUUUCAUCGCCCCUCGAAAAGGGAUCUACAGUUUUAACUUCCACGUGGUAAAAGUCUACAACAGACAGACCAUCCAGGUGAGCCUUAUGUUAAACGGGUGGCCGGUGAUUUCUGCCUUCGCUGGUGACCAGGACGUGACCCGCGAGGCCGCCAGCAACGGAGUCCUAAUCCAAAUGGAGAAAGGCGACCGGGCAUACCUCAAGUUGGAGCGGGGGAACUUGAUGGGGGGCUGGAAGUACUCGACCUUCUCCGGAUUCCUCGUGUUUCCUCUCUGA